AUGGUUGCCAUCAAAGCUUCUCUCCUCCUCGGCGCUGGCGCGCUUGUGUCUGCUGUUCCUACGGGCCUGGAUGCUCGUGCCAGCUGCACAUUCUCGGACGCUGCCUCCGCCAUCAAGGGCAAGACCUCUUGCACUGCUAUCGUCCUGAACAACAUCGCUGUUCCCGCCGGUACCACCCUCGACCUUACCAAGCUUAAGGACGGAACCACCGUUACCUUCCAGGGUACCACCACCUUCGGCUACAAGGAGUGGGAAGGUCCUCUCAUCUCUGUCUCCGGUACCAAAAUCACCGUUAAGGGUGCCUCCGGCCACGUUAUCAACGGCAACGGCGCUAAGUGGUGGGACGGCAAGGGCACCAACGGUGGCAAGACGAAGCCCAAGUUCUUCUACGCCCAUUCCAUGAAGCAGUCCACUAUCUCCAACUUGAACGUCAAGAACACCCCUGUCCAGGGUUUCUCCAUCAACGGUGCCACUGACCUCACCCUUGACCACAUCACCAUCGACAACACCGCUGGUGAUGUGACCAACGGUGGUCACAACACUGACGCUUUCGACGUCGGUAGCUCCACUGGCAUCACCAUCUCCAACGCCAACAUCAAGAACCAGGAUGAUUGCCUUGCCAUUAACUCUGGCACCAACAUCCACUUCGUCGGUGGUACCUGCUCCGGUGGCCACGGCCUGUCCAUCGGCUCCGUCGGUGGCCGCUCCAACAACGUUGUCAAGAAUGUUGUCAUCGAGAACUCCAAGAUCAUCAACUCCGACAACGGUGUCCGUAUCAAGACCGUCUCCGGCGCCACUGGCUCCGUCUCCAACGUCACCUACAAGGAUAUCACCCUCUCCAACAUCGCCAAAUACGGUAUCGUCAUCCAGCAGGACUACGAGAACGGCUCCCCUACCGGCAAGCCCACCACCGGUGUCCCCAUCACCGACCUCAAGGUUUCCGGCAUUACUGGCACCGUCGCCUCCAAGGGUGUCGAGACCUACAUCCUUUGCGGUAAGGGCUCUUGCUCCAACUGGAAGUGGUCCGGCAACAAGAUCACUGGCGGAACCAAGAGCACCAAGUGUUCCAACAUCCCCAGCGGCUCUGGCGCAGCUUGCUAA